GGCCAAUGAGCUGGCUGUAGUGAUCUCUCGCAUGCAGAAGAAUGCAGACCAGGUGGAGAAGGACAUCCUGCGAUCAGAGGAGCUGAUGGCUGAGGACACAGAACGGGACUUGAAGAGCCAGGCCCUGGUCCACCAGAAGGCGAACUCAGAGACUUUGGCGCAGGCCGAGGGGCUGCUGAAGGAUCUCUUCAUGGACGUGGACAAGUCGAAGAAGCUGCAGCACCCGCAGGCCGGGGAGAUCGAGAAGGAUGUGAAAAAUCUGCACGACCGCUGGGUGAGAGACUGCGCCACCUACAGGAAGCUGUACGAACGCAAGCAAAAUCUUGAGGCCACCCCCCGGAUCAACUGGGGUCCUCUUCUGGAUGAACAACAGAAACAGUUAAACUCUGAGCCGUACGGCCCCAAACUGUCCGACGUGGAGAAGCAGAUCGCAGAACACAGCAUCCAGCACCAGUCCAUCGAGGCCUACAGCUCCCAGCUGCAGCCCAGCACCACCCCGAAGGACCAGUACCCCGCUCUGAAAGAGAAAUACGCCAAACUCUACGAGAGCUCCCAGGAGAGAAAAAACAACCUAGCGUCUCUGUACGAGUACAUUCAGAGCUGCAGCAAGGAGCUGGGCUACCUCUCAGGCCAGCAGGACAGGAUCCUGGGGAGGGACUGGAGCGAUCAGAUGGCGGACGCCCCAGGUGUCCGCAUGGAGUAUGAGAAAUUCAAAACCAGCGGACUGUUGGCUCAUGAGAGCGAAGUCAACGAGCUGCAGGAGAAAGGAGAAGCUCUGGUGGAAAAGAAACACCCAGGAACACGGUCGAUAAAGGCACACGCAGAGGCUGUGCAGAACGAGUGGCAGGCGUUCCUCAACCUGUGUCUGGCCCAGGAAACUCACCUGGACAUGAUCGAGGACUACAAGAAGUUCCAGCUGGAGGCCGAGACGUUGUCCGACUCCCUGAAGAGACUCAACGGCACGCUGGACCCGAAGUCUCUCACCAACAAGAGCAACCCCGAGGCCCUGCUGGCGAUAGAGGGAGACGAACCAGCUGUAAGGAGGAACGAGGAGCGCCUGGCUGCCCUCAAAGAGCUCAGCGGCACCAUCGCUCCUCUGAAGUUACGCCGAGUCCAGCCCACCAAACCGACCCCUGCAGUGGCGCUGUGUGACUGGGCGGACGAGGAGGAUGACGUGAGGCGUGGAGACACUCUGAAGCUGAAGUCCAACUCUGAUAAUAAGGACUGGGUGCUUCAGAACAGCAGUGGGAAGACUAAGACCCUCCCUGGGGCGUGUUUCAUGAUCCCUCCGCCUGAUGCUGAGACCAUGGAGACAGUAGACAGUUUGGAAAAAGCUCUGACAGGUCUGAAGGGUCGUAGAUCCGCCCUCUUAACCUCCUUGAAGAACCCGAAUGUGGAGACGGUUCGGCCGCAGAAGGCAGCCACCGUAGCGACAGUUAAGGAGGAUCCCAGAGCUGCAGAGUUAGCCAGUGAACUGGACCGGAUCAACAAAGCCCUGGAACGAGCUGAAAAAGAAAUCCAAAGUCGACUAAGAACCCCACUCGACAACCGCAACCCCACACAGGACCUGGCCAACAGGCUGCAAGAGCAUGAGGCGUCUGCUCAGGCUGUGAGGAAGCUGGAGUCGGAGAAGUCUGCGGUUCAGAGAGAGAUGGAGCCGAUCCUGGCCAAGAAACCUCUGGGACCGACCGCCUCCACGCUGCCCGUCAAACUCAACACCACCAACAACAAGAUCGAUGACAUCAACGCCCUGCUAGACCUGUACAACAAAAAAGCUACAGCCUCCAUGUACCUUGAGAGGCAGAUGAAGCAUGUGGAAGGCAUGGUCUCUGGGUACGAGGAUCAGCUGGUUAAAGAUGGCUCCAUUCUUAAUCAACCCAAGGCUCUCCAAACCCGCAACCAGGAGCUGCAGGCUCUCCGUAAGGAUCUGACGUCACAGAAAGACGCGAUGAAUAAACUAGGCAAAGACCUGGACCUGACGCAGCAGGCGAGCAGCUCCCUGCAGCAGAGCUUCCAAGAGUACUGUCCAGACAUCCGGCGGCAGGAGAACGAGGUGAAGCAGCUGAAGAACCGUUACAUGAACGUCAGCAGUCAGCUCCAGGACAGGUCUGCUCUCCUAAAGGAUGCAACCAAUAAAUACCAGGACUUCCAGAACGCCGCUCACUCCCUGGAUUUCUUCUUGGUCAAUCUGCCCGAUAAUAAAAUCAAACCGAGUGACAGCGUGGCGCAGAUAACGGUCAAGGAGAACUCUCAGAAGAAAGUGAUGGAGGACAUCAAGAGGAAGUCAGCGGAUUUGAACCAAGUCAAGGUUUUGUCCCGUGAUCUGCAGAACGUCCUGAAUGAGUACGACAUCAGGUCCAAUACUUACCGUGGCCUUCUGAAUGAUGACGAUGACGACGAUGAUGAUGAUGAUGAUGAAGUAGUCCCAAAGAAGCGUUCCACUUCAACGAUGGCUCAGGCUGUGCAAAGAAAGGAGCAAGAUCUUCUGAACCUUUACGCUGAGGUGUCUGCAGAAAACAGCCAACUGCUGAACAAGCUGGGGACAACGAAGUACUUCAAGGCCAGGAAUGAAGAUCAAGUGAAUCAGGUCGUCAUCAGUCAGCAGCUGCAGCUCCAGAGCCAGAAGAAAGACCUGGAGGAGAGCGACAGUCUGAAGAGCGAGCUGAACGAGGAGAUCGCCAGACGCCUACAUGCUGAGAAAGACCUGGAAACAUACCGGCUGAGGUUUAUGUCUCUGAAGAGCCGCAGAGGCGUGGAGAGGUUGGAGGAGAAGGAGAUAGUGCAGUACUACCGUGACCCCAAACUGGAGGCGGAUCUUGAGUCUCUGAGAAAAAGGAUCCAGGAGGAAACAUACAAGAGGUCAGGCACCAUGUCAGAGAUCGAAAUCCUAAACGAGAGGAUCAUCAAACUGGAACUACAGCUGAGCAAAAUCGUACCCAAACUGGUGAACAGGGUUGUGACGGAGUACGAGAGAGACCCGCAGCUGGACAAAGAAGCUGUGAAGAUGAGAGAAGAGAUCAAGAGGUUAAGACUUGAGACCCAGUCCAGGGAGAGCCAGACAAUUAAUGUGAAGACCGAGCUCACGGUUCUGUCCCAGAAGAAACAGAAGACCAGGGAGAAGGUGGUCAAGAAAGAAGUGGUGAGGCUGGAAAAGGAUCCACAGAUGCUCAAAGCUAUCAUCACAUUCAAGCACGAUAUCACAGACGGAGAGGCCCAGGUGAAGUCCCUGAAUGAUCGCAUUUUCAGCACCAGGAGUGAGAUCAACACUCUGGAGAGAGUCAUUCCCACCAUCCAACCCAAGAUAGUCAGCAAGAUGGUGAAGCAAGUCCAGCAGGAUCCAGAAACCAUUGAAGAGGCCAAGAGGCUUCGCCUAUCCAUCAAAGAGGAGCAAGAUGAGAUAUCUAUCCUGAUGAAGGAUCUGACCGCCCUUCAACUCCGCUACAGUGAGGUGGAGAGGCUCCGACAGAAAGUAGAAAUCAAGGAGAACAUCAAUGAGAUCUACAGAGUGGAUCCUGAGACUGAAGUCCAGCUGGUGCGUCUGAAGAAAGAGAUACAGGACACGGACCGUAACCGCACAGACAUAGAGGGAGAAAUAACCACCCUGAUGACGACCCUGACGGCCCUGCGCAGCCAGAAACCCAAAGUGGAGUUCAAGGAGAAGACCCAAGAGGUGAUCAAAGAGGAGAAGAGCCCCGAGAUCAUCAGGGAGCUGCAAAGGCUGAACAACCAAGUGUCACGCCUGCAGCUCAACUACGACACCACCAUCGAGCUGCUGCUCCGCCUGCGCAAAGAAAGAGACGAGCUGAAAGCGGAGAAAUCCAAGGUGGAGACCAAGCUGGUCAACAAAGAGCUCAUCAAAUACGAGAACGAUCCUCUGCUUGAGAAAGAGGCAGACAGACUCCGGAGGAAUCUCAGAGAGGAGAUCCAGCAGCGCCGCAGCGUGGAGGAGGUUCUCUUCGAUCUUCAGAACCACUACAUCCUCCUCGAGAGGCAGAAGCCCGAGGAGAAGAUCGUGACGCAGGAAGUGGUACGCCUUCAGAAGGAUCCCAAGCAGAUCCUGGAGCAUGAGAAGUUGAACAAGAACCUGGACGUGGAGAUGAAAGCCCGUAGGAAGCUGGAGUUAGAGGUCAGACAGCUCAGGGUCGUGGUUCAAGACAAAGAGAGCACCCUGUCUCAGAUGGACGACCGCCAGAAGAAGAUUAAGAUCGAGUCGGAGCUCAGGCAGAUCAGAUCUCGCAUCCUGGAACUGGAGAACAAUCCGACACCUGUCGAGGAGAAGAUUGUCAUCGAGGAGGUCCUGAAAGUGGAGAGGGACCCUGAGCUGGAGAGACUUGCUGAUGGCUUACGCACCAAUUUGGACACUGAAGGCACCAACAUCAACCGCCUGGAGAGAGAGAUCCGCAACCUGAGGCACAAGUUGGAAAUCCUGCAGAAGGAGAAGUCACUGGAGAAAGUUGUUUACAGAGAAGUGGUCCGGGUGGAGAAGGACCCGGCAGUCGAGGCCGAAAGGGAACGUCUGAGAGAUUUAGUAACCCAGGAGAGGAACCUCAGGCGGGACAUGGAGGAUAACUUGCAGAACAUCAACAUCAAAUUUACUCAUCUGCAGUCGUCAACGUCUAUGACCUCUCAUGAAGAGUCCACUCUCACCAAAAACAGAGACGCUCUGAAGAGGGAGAGAGAGGAACUCCUCGGUCAGCUGAAAAUGCUGGAGACUCAACGACACAGCAUCAGCUUCACCUUCCAGCAGCAGUCCAAGCUGGUGAACGAGAGGACCCAGAUGGCACGGCAGAGGAGCCACAAAGUGUCCACCGAGAUUCAGCGUCUGGAGAGAGAUAUCCUCAGCGAGAAGGACAACAUAAACAUGAAGGAGGCGCUCAUCCUCGAGCUGCGGGGCAACAUCAAGAAAGAGGAAACGGUCGAAACUCACACCAGAGAGACCAACCUGUCCACGAAGAUCACCAUCAUGGAUCCAGAGACCGGGAAAAACAUGAAUCCCUAUGAGGCCUAUGUGGCGGGGCUGAUCGAGCGCGAGCAGUACAUCCACCUGUCGGAGCUGGAGUGCGAUUGGGAGGAAAUCACUUCAAUCGGUCCAGACGGGGACGUCACAAUGCUGCAAGACCGCAAGAGUGGUAAGCAGUACUCUGUGAAGGAUGCGCUGAGGGCCGGUCGCCUGACCCAGUACGAUGUGAUGCGCUACAAGGACGGGAAGAUGAAGAUUUCUGAGUUUGCCCUCCUUGUUGUUGGAGAAACCCAAAAGCCUUACAUUCCUCCUGUAUCGCCUCCAAGAUCACCAACCAAACCGGUCCCACUCUCUCCUUUGAACUCCAUGCCACCCCCCCUGCGGUCCUCCGCAACCAACCUCAACUCCCACCUCAGCGGCAGCUCCAACAACCUCACAGCUGCGACAGGGGACGAGAACUUCCCCAUCUCUGGUAUUUAUGACACCACCACCGACAGCCGCAUGUCAGUAAGAAGCGCCCUGACUCGCCAGCUCAUCGACAACGACACGGCUCUGAAGCUGCUGGAGGCGCAAGCAGCCACCGGUGGAAUCGUGGAUCUCACCCAGAAGGACAAGCUGUCCGUGCACAAGGCGGCUCAACAAGGCCUCAUCGACUCAAGUCAAAUGUACAAGCUCCUGAACGCCCAGAAAGCUUUCACUGGAGUCGAAGACCCCGGGACCAAAGAGCGCCUCCCAGUGGGACCGGCAGCACAGAAAGGGUACAUCCCUGCAGAGAAUGCCAAACGGUACAUGGAGGCCCAGCAGCUGACCGGUGGUUUGGUGGAUCCGUCUAAAGCAGGCCGCCUCACCUUGCAAGAAGCUCUCGACGCCAAAUUCAUCGACAGCACAACCGCCAAAGAGCUGGAGGACGAGGACUCCUACACCAAGGAGCUGGUAGACCCGAUCACCAAGGAGAAGAUUUCAUACAAGCAGGCGAUGGAUCGGUGCACGAAAGACAUCCUCACGGGUCUCCUGCUGCUUCCUGUCGCCUCGACUGAUUCCUACAACGCCCCGUCGUACUCAAACUACCGCUUCAACUCCCCCUACAAUAGAAUGUAACUGGAUUGUUUGACGUGCCGCUGUUUCUCGAGGUCGUGUCAUGAAGCUAGCUGAUACUCAGAGUCCAAAGUGUUAUGUUUUUACUCUGGAGCUUUUGGUGGAGCGGUACAUGUGAAUCUGUGUGUUUCAGGGGUCUACUGUAAAAAACGAGGGGUACUUUCUGUUUUAUAUGAAUAACUUGUUUGCUCUUUCAACACUUUAUAAAUGCUUAUUAAACUCCA